AUGGAGUUCGAAGACAACGACUUCUUCGCCACGAACAUUAAGAUAAUUAAGCUGAGCGGAGUUUGGGUGGGCAGCGAGAGGGAUCAUCCUUUCCUUCGGGGUCUCUACAAGCUCUACAACAUCGUCAUUGUCAUUUACUUCGUGUUCCUCUUUACGCCUUUCGAGUUUAUGGUACUUAACGAAACCGUAUCCAGCUUGCCGGAUCUAAUGAAGAACCUGAACAUGGGAAUGACACAUGCUCUGGCUACGAUCAAAGUCUACAUAUGGUUUUCGAAGCGUACCACAAUCCUGAACAUAUGUAACACGCUCAGCAGGAAUACUAAGGCUGAGAAAAUCGGGGAUUUCGAUCCAGAGAAAAUUACCAGGGAGGAUAAAGUCGUCAAGCAAAUGGCGACGCUGGGGUUCUUUUCGGUCGCCUGUUGCGUGGGCAGCUCAUCUAUGCUCUCCUCGUUUUAUACUCUCAUGUUCCAUUCUGAGGAUGAAUACAUUUAUGUUACUGAUGAAAAUAAUGUCACUACCUACAUCUAUGAUCAGCAGUUGCCUUAUUCUAGUUACAUACCUUGGGACCAUAAGAAAAAUAUAUUCAACUUUUCUUGUGCCACGGCUUUCCAAUGCAUUGCUGUACUAUAUUCUGCUUUUAUUAUUGUUGGGCAGCUGUGA